UCAUCAUCAUCGUCGUCGUCGUCGACACCAACACCACCACCUCCACCAUCAUCACCACCAUCAUCAUCAUCAUUUUCAACGACUCCAAUAACAACAACAACACCUGUGACAACGACUACAACAACAACGACGACAACAUCAACAACAACUAAGGCUCCACGUCUCGGAGAUAAAUGUAAUGUCGAUGAAGAAUCCCCGACAGGCCGAUGUUCCACAAUAGAGAAUUCCUAUUGCUCUAGCCUUGGGCUUUGCUCCUGUAAGCUGGGCUACUUUAAACAGAAUUUCAGUUGCUCCCAGUAUCCUCCUGAUCUUGGUGCACAGGAGGGUGAUCCAACCUUCACCGAGCAGAACGACGUAAUACUCCGUUUUCAAUCGCCCAAAGGUAACUUUUGCAACUGCAGCGCCUGGUUGAUACCCUUGGCCAGGGAUGGAACGGAAACUGACAGUGUUCCCUCAAGAUCGGAGACGUUCAACUGCACUUUGCUAAAUCUUCACGGACUUCAGAGGGGCAUUCUGUACAAGCUGAAUAUCGUCUUGACGGAUUCUUUUGGCAGACAUCCCAAGAAUGUUUCCUCGAAAUUUGAAAUCCCUCCAUCAAAACCCGGCCCUGUCUCACAGUUACGAUUUGACUCUAUAACCAGCAGCUCGGCGCAGAUCAAAUGGCUGCCACCGGAAAUGCCCAAUGGUUACAUACAAACGUAUCACGUUUUCACACAGAACGCAAUAUCUGGUCACUGUCUGAUGUCAGUUGUGAUCUCAUACAAACUGGAGAAAGACGAUGUGAACCCAUCAGCCCUCGGAACAAUAGAUGGUCGCAAGCUGGAAGAGAACCCAGGAAGUCGAGGACAAGAUUCUUUUGUAGACUGUGAUAAGAGAAAAAAACUGACAAGUGCAGAAGUGGACCAGGGAGAUGAUUCCGAAAAGAAGCUGUUUAUUGAUGCACUGAAACCAUACACUUCGUACAACGUGACAGUCUGGGCAGAAAACAGAGGGGACUUGGUUGGUCAGCUUAGCUCGAUCUCUUUUAUGACAAGCUCUUCCAUCCCAACCACCCCUGUAGACUUCCAUGGAAUGGCACAGGGCGCUUCUAGCAUUCUGCUCAACUGGAGUCAUGACGGGACCGUCUACCCCGGACCAACAAACUACACAAUCAAGGUGUACGAUGUCCCACCAGGAGGCGAAAACGGGGUAGAGACAAUGGUCAAAAGUUUAACUAUACAAGGUAUCGACAAAAAUAGAAAGCUGGUCUCAAAGCUGACGUACAAUACAGAUUACUGGUUCGAGAUAUACGCAGAGACGUCGGCAGGACCUUCUGAAAUCGUACGAACUGGACCAAUCCGUACUUUGGAGAAAGGUGGACCAGACGUUUUGCGAACCAGACAAGCCAAAGCCCAAGAUCUUCCCGUCCCCGAGCACAGGCAGCAAGAUGACGUCUGAGGUUGUGGUGACUGAUUUACUUCCGUACACCUCCUACCAGUUGUACGUGGCUCCCUACAACGGAGUAGGGGUGGGAAAACUGAGCAAUGUCACUGGACGGACGUCAAUCGGAGUUCCAAAUCCACCUACGGAAAUUGUCUGCGAGUACCCCGAACGAGGGCAAUUGAGGGUCAAGUGGAGACCACCUAUACCCCUGGCUGGACCAACCACCUACCACGUGACUGUCUCUGAGAAUAGGGUCGGAGAGAGGGGAACUAAACCUAUUGCAGAUUUAAACAUCAAUGAUUACCAGAACAGUUCUGUGACAGUGUCAAAGGUCAGGGAUUACUGGAGUUACCAUGUGACUAUGAGCGCUAAUACUUCCGCUGGUCAGUCUCCACCGGUCAGCGGGGGUGACCCUUGCAUGACCCCGCCAGCUGCCCCAGGAGAAGUAGAAAGCUUCAGAAUUACAGAGCAACAUCAUUAUUCUGUGAUGUUAUCGUGGAAUUGUCCGGACAUUCCUAAUCGGCAUGGGAAGAUACACGGUUUUAUUCUCACGAAAUCUGUGUUGCUCCACCUUCUUUGACAAACCUUGUGGAUGUUCCUCCUACGGCGUCCACCGGAGAUCUGAAUGAGCGGACGUUCCACGUGACUCUGUGUGCCUCCUGUUUACUUGACAACUCAAACGGGGAGGUGGUGGAAUUUGGCUUGUUGGUGUGUCAGGAAGCCUUCUGUGACAAAGGAGUUCCCCAACUGGACAACUGGCAUCAUUUCGUGACCGGGGUCUCCACCUGGUCCCAGGCUAGAAGGUCAGGGUUCAGAACUGUCUACCGGGCCACGGACGAGGAAUGGGAGGCCCAAGUGCGAUCACUGGUCAAAGCGCACAGGCAUGAUGAAAGAGAAAGUCGCUCGUUACUUUCCAGACGAGGAGGAAUCCAAGUCAAUUCGGUACGGCCAGAUUCUGGUGAACCGGACAGGCCGAGCGGAGAAUAGAAGUUGGGAGAUUCGGACUCUCAAACUUGUCCACAUCAAGGAGAAGAAGAGCCGGUUCGUGAAACAUUUCUUCUUCCGCGGCUGGACGGACCACGAGGCAGACAUCCAGCCCUCCGAGCUGGUGGACUUUGUGGAAGUGGUCAGUGCCGAGAUCGGGAGUCCUCCUACAGCACCUCUACUUGUCCACUGCAGUGCCGGGGUUGGUCGAACAGGGACGUUUAUUGGAGUUGACUACUUCCACAAGUACAUCAACGACCUGGUCCUCCGCCAAGGGGCCGGUUCCAGCGACUAUGGGGAUGCUACGGUGGACAUCUUUGGCAGGGUACUCGCCAUGAGAGACUGUCGCCGGUUCAUGGUGCAGACCAGGCCCCAAUACGUGUUUUUCUACGAUGCCGUACAAGCUUUACUGAACCGAGCCUUCCAUGACAACGAGGAGGAAGAUGAUGAAAACGUGUACGAGAUCCCGGACCUUGGGGGAGACGGCAGGGGUGAAGAGCAGGAGUAUGACGACGUCGAGCAUUUCAAGGAAGGCGUGACCAUCAAGGAGGCAGCACUAUAAUAACUUAUAUACAAUAAUAUAUUAUAUAUUAUGCAGGGGGUGCAAACGUUGGUAUACAGAAAUUAACGCAUCAUUGUUAUGAUAAUUAAUUCAUCAAGGUCAUUUGAGGGAUGCGUGGAGAAUACCAACGCCAAGAAAUUAGGUAUCUGUGGAAUGAAAGUUGCGCUUGUAUAUAAUAAAAUAUUUUUUCAUUUGAUUGUAUAUAAUAAAUGCAAUAAGCAAAUG